AUGUACAGGGGCAGGUGGAGUGCAGUGCCAUGGAUUGUGGGCUGCGUAGCGCUGUUGCUGGCGUGCACGUCGCUGGCUGCAGCCAAGGUAGAUGAAGCGCUUAUCAGGGCACUCAUUGCCAACAUGACCCUCUUGGAAAAGACGCGACAGCUCGACCUCUACCCCGGGGGGGACGUGGUGCGCGAUGGCCGUGUUGACCCAGACACCCUCGCAGGCACCUGGAAGGGCGGUGUGGGCGGAGCGGUGCACGACUUCUACCCGCACUCGGCCAAUGAGACCAACUACAUCCAGCAGUGGGUCAAGCAGAACUCCCGGCUCGGCAUCCCUGUUCUCUUCAUCGAGGAGUGCCUCCACGGUCUCCAGCAGGCUGGCCACACAGUGUUCCCGCAGGCGGUGGCGUUGGGAGCCAGUUGGGACACGGACAUGGUACACCGCGUGGGUAAGGCCAUCGGUGCCGAGGCCCGAGCCUGCGGCAUCGGCAUGUGCCUCUCCCCCGUCCUCGGCGUCGGAUAUUGA